AGGCGUUUGUAAGAUAUACGACAGUGUGAAAAGAUCAUGCCUGGUAGAGGGAAAAAGCGAUCUAGAGAUUCUGAGGGAAGCUCAAAUGGAGAAACAAAGAGGCACAAAAUAGGUCACUGUUCACAUAGUAGUGACGAAGGUGUGGUACUUGUUCUUGGGGAAGGAGAUGUAGGCCAGCUAGGACUUGGUGAAGAUAUUCUGGAGCGGGCCAGGCCUACCCUCCUGUCCAGUGUUGAGGAAAAAGUCAUUCAGGUUGUGUGUGGUGGAAUGCACACAGUUUGUGUGACUGUCAAAGGCGAGAUAGUGACAUUCGGCUGUAAUGAUGAAGGUUCACUUGGGAGAGAUACAUCAGAGGAGGGGUCAGAGAUGUUGCCAGGAAAAGUUCCUCUGGGAGCUAAAGUAGUCCAAGUCAGUGCUGGGGAUAGUCACACUGCUGCCCUGACAGAUGAUGGGCGGCUUUAUAUAUGGGGCAACUUCAGGGAUUCUAAUGGCUCCAUAGGACUGACACUUAGUGGCAUACAGAAGGUUCCUGUGGAGGUGUUGCACAAUGAAACCAUUGUCAAGGUUACAUCGGGCGGUGAUCAUCUUGUGUGUCUGACAGACAAGGGGGAGAUUUACACCUGGGGCUGUGCUGAACAAGGGCAGUUAGGAAGAGUUGCUGAAUGUUUUACUAGUAGAGGAGGCAGAAAGGGCUUAGGUUUUAUUUUGACACCAGCGAAAGUGAAGUGUAGACGACGAAAGACAUUUUUUAGUGACGUGUGGGCUGGCCAGUUUGCAACCUAUGCCCAGGAGGCUGACACUGGAGAAGUGUUCUCUUGGGGACUAAAUAACUACUUCCAACUAGGGUUUAGUGACAUGAAGAAUCGCUUUGUACCCGAACGAGUGGGUUCGUUUUCUGUCAAGAAGUGGCUUAAGCUGGAUGGUGGACAACAUCACACAGUUGCUAUGGACACAAAUGGUAAAGUGUAUACAAUAGGUAGAUCCGAGUAUGGUCGUCUAGGACUAGGAGAAGAUGUUACCACUGAGAAGUCAGAACCGACACUGGUGCCAGGAAUACCUGAGGACUGUACAGAUAUAGCUGCUGGCCAAUCUGUUUCUUUAGCUCUUACAAAAUCUGGGACUGUGUAUGGUUGGGGUAUGGGUACAAGUCAGCAGCUUGGAAUUGGAAAUGAUGAAGAUGCAUGGGUACCAACAAAAAUGGGCGGAAAGCAACUUGAAAACAGGUCAGUGAUAAUGGUUUCCUCUGGAGGACAACACACCGUACUACUGGCAAAGGACAAGUCAACUUCCUGAAUUAACAGAGCAAAAUGAAAAACAUUGAAAUUCCUGUCUUCCUACAAAUGAUGCAUUUCUGGCUUUCAUCAAUUAAGAAUUGCUUAGAACAGAAGAUGAAAGAGACAAUUGACUUUCCUUUGUUUAGGGUCCUGAAUUGGUUGAAGAAGGUGAAUUUUUUUUAAGACCAGCUGACAUGUUGACCAUGUUAAUGAUCUGUUUUAGCCUGCACGUUCUGUCAUCUGGUAUGGCAGUACAAACCUUUGUUACACCUUGUUGUAGGCUUUGUAGUAAAAAGUGAUAUUCUGUGAUGAAUUGGAUUUAUCAGGCUGCCUGUACUAAGAUCUCUUUGUUUGUGAUUAUUUGUUAAUGAAAGACAAAGACUGUGUUCAUACUGUUACUGUUUGUGGAUUCAUGUGGAAUGACUCAAAAAUACAUUAUUACUUGUCAUCUGUUCUGAUUCCCAACAGGUUUUGUAUCCCAGUACAUAAUGUUAAUCACAUGUGUACAAAUUAUCAGAUCCUCAACAAGUUUUAAUGUUUUAUCUAUUUUUAACAAGUGAACUUUCUUCUACUCCACAAAUAUCAGUCAGCCAAUUGUAAAUGUCUGUUUCAAUGUCACACCAUCCAUUGUAAUUUUCUAUCUCAAUGUCACACCAUCCAUUGUUAUGUCUGUCUCAAUGUCACACCAUCCAUUGUAAUUGUCUGUGUCAAUGUCAAACCAUCCAUUGUAAUUGUCUGUGUCAAUGUCAAACCAUCCAUUGUCUAUCUCAAUGUCAAACCAUCCAUUGUCUAUCUCAAUGUCAAACCAUCCAUUGUAAUUGUCUGUGUCAAUGUUUAGCAAUUCAUGGUAAUCAUUUGUAUCAUUGAUAAGUCAUCCUAUGUAAUCACGAUCUUCUGAUCAAUGAUGAUGUUGUCUGUGACAAUGACACUGUUUAGAUUAAGUCCACUUAACUUUCUUUGAAAGGUAAUCAGACCUCUUAUCAAAAUUUGAUACACCAUAUCCGAUAGAAUUUGAAGAUUUCUUCCAAAAUCUUUCUUAAAUUCCUGACAGUUUACACCAUGGUCAUUUGUGGUGUGAUGUUUUACAACAAAAAGUGAAGAAA